UUCACGCGACGCAGCUACGGGUACACGUACGGCUUCGUCGAUUCCCACUGCAGAGUGGACGAGCUCGUCGGGUGCCUGAACCGAGACAAGGCCUUCCACACGGAUUGCUUUUCCCUGCCCGUCAACGUGGAUGGAUUCAUUGCCGCCUUUACCAACCCCAGGACAUUUGCACCCAAAUGUAAGUGGAUCUUUUCUUUUUACUUUUAUUAUAUAGGUUUAAAUUGUAUUCUUUUAAAUUAGUGAAUGCUAGACUUAUAACAUUUUUAAUGAUAUUUUUUGUGUGUAAUAAAUACAACAUCUAAAAUUAUAGCUGAUAUAAUUGCCGAUCAAAUGCAGUUAGUGAAAAUAUUCAUUGAUGCACAUAUAUAUUGUCACUGUUUUCGUUCGUUUAGUACUUACAAGUAUAAUAGCAACUUCAUUUGAAAAUAUUAAUAAAGCUAUUAAUUGAAAAAUAAAUUAACAUGAACUGAUAACAGGACAAAAAAUUGGAAUAGGAAAUAUAACGGCAUAAUAAAUAGUAAAUAGUGCUUUAAAGUAAACUAUUUUAGGUAAAUGUCUUUUGAACCACUUUGAAAAAGAAAUUUCGUCUUUCUUAACAAAAAACAUUUUAAAAAUAUCUUUAAUUCAGGUCAUUCAUAUACAUAAAUUCAGGCUACUUAAAAAUAUAUUAUUGUUUAUAGCAUUGAACCCCCAACGCCACAAGUAAAGAUCACUAACUAUAUGAUAAAAAUGAUAUGAUGCGUUCUCAUUCUAUCUCAUUUAUACGGUUUUAGUCUUCUACGUCAUGCGCCCCUGCAGAAACACACCACCCUUAUUAUUACCUCUCUUACAAUCUUUGUUGUCAUCAUUUAGUUCAUACGUCAAAUUCACUGGAUAAAUAGAACAUAUUUUUGUCAUCCACUGGAAAUUUAAGUCCAUGAAUUUGUGAGAUUUAUUAAUUAACAUUUUCAUAUUUGCAUUAUUUUAAAAUGUCUUUUAUUUCAUAAAGUCCCUGAUUACGAGCUCCUCAAGUUUGCCUUAAGUCAAGAUGGAGUCUGGGUCACCCUGGGAUGCCCACCCCAUAAAGCUGCCUGUUUCAAUGACGCCCACGAGAGAAGUCUGGAGGAGGUGGCCAGCUCGACGGCGAGGGUGGUUGCGCUUGGACCGUGCGGUCUGGACCACACCAUCGACACGCUUGAUGGGAUUCAGAGUUUUGUGUUCGAGGCCCAGGUCCGGGUGGCGGCCAAACUGAACAUCCCAUUGAUCGUCGAAUGCAGAGAAGCAGAAGAUGACGUCAUCGCGAUCUUACAGAAGGUAAAUUUUAAACAAACAAAAAAUAUAUAAAUGAAACAUUUAUUAAAUUAUUCUGAAUCCCAGAGGUGUGUCUUGAUUAAAUCCUCCCCGGGGGGGGGGGGGGGUUUUCAAAAUGGGUGAACCCCCCCCCCCAAAUGACUUUCGUUGGGGUCGCGUCAUUUUACACCCAGUAAAUUUUAAACAAAAAAAAAAUAAAAAAAUGAAAAUUUUAUUAAAUUAUUUUGAAACCCGGGGGUGUGUUUUGAUUAAAUCCCCCCCGGGGGGGGGGGGGGGAUUUUCAAAAUGUGUGAACCCCCACCCCCAAAUGACUUUCGUAGUGGUCGCGUCAUUUUACACCACUCUAGCUACGCCAAUUUAGUUCAUUAUUGUUUAUUUUUGUUGUAAUGUAUGCCGAUGGUUUACAUAAUCUCUCGCUAAAAAGACAUUGUUCAAAUGCUUUGGUCUAAUAGAAAAGUUUGAGUUCUGAGGUCGAACUUAAUAAUAUCGGAUGUAAGUUAAAUGGGCGUUCUGUUAAAUCACUUCAUCUGUAUUCGUAUUUUUUUUUAGUAUAUAUUUAUAGGGUGAGAUACGUAUAUUAAUUUAAGAAUGUGUGUCAGUCUGAUUCAUUGGUUUGCUUAAGCUGUUUUUAUAUUUAAUCAAUUCACCGAACCAAACAACACAGCACCAUGUGUAAACGAUGCAUAAUCCUUUAUCCUUACAGCACCUGCCCAAGACACAGAAAAUUCACCUCCAUGGGUUUACAGGAGACACGAUCCUGGCCAAUCGCUGGCUGUCCCAUUACCCCAACGUCUACUUCGGACUGUCCCCGGCCAUUGGUGACGUCAGCUCAUCUAGGUCCGUGAAGGAGAUGGUCGCUUCAAUCCCACUCAACCGGAUCCUGCUGGAAUCUGGGGCUUCUCAAACAGUUCCUGAGGAUUUUAGGGUAAGCCAUGAUAAAAAAUUUAGUUUUCUAAUAAUAGUAUUGGGGUUCCUUGUUUAGUUCCCAAUUAUCUUCUUUUUUUUUUUUAAUGAGCUUACCAGAAUAGCCAAAGUCCUCAGUUUUAGUUAGGUCCGUUCUACCAGUUUAGAAAAAAAUGUUUUGACAUUUUUAUAAACGUUCAAGAAGCUCACCCAUUUGUGCAACCACUCGUUAGCAUUCGGAUGUACAUGCCCACCCACCUCCUUGCCCUUACAAUGCCCAUCCAGUUGGUGAAUUGAGCUGCGCCCAUGUGUAGUUUAGGUGCAAUUCAUGAGAAUAUCAUAGUUUCUGAUCCAUCAAAUAUCUGGUCUUAUACCAUUUGUUGUAAAAGCUUAUGGCGAGAUUCUAUCUUAUCAUGUGACAGAUUUAAUAUAAUGGUUUAUUUAUCAAUCUUUGUAGAGAUUGUGUAUAUUACUAGCGAUUCUUUUAUAACAUCCCAUCAUCUUAAUGUAGUUAUAUUUUAAUAUGUUUAUCAACAAAUCUGAUAUCGUCCUUUUUCAGAAGUUCGUUUCCACGGCCCAUUUCGGCUUCGCCCUGUUCGCGGCCAAGGCGGUUGCUGAGCUGAGGAGGCUGUCCACGGACGCCGUGUUGAAGGCUUGUCGGGACAACACCAGGCAGAUGUACGGCAUCUAG